UUUUUUUCCCAUCACUUUAACGGAUUCCUGCCAAAUCCGAGCGGCUGGUGCCUGGCAGGGCCGGGCUGCCGCCGCCAGCAAGAUGCCCGCGGUCUCUGUCCUUUACAAGGGAGCCAUCAUCAUCAGCAGGACGCUCAUGGGACCGUACGGGAUGGAUCGAACCGUGCACUGCUUUGACUUCUACGACUGUGCAAACGGGCUGGGUAUUAAGGUCAUCGGUGGCAUCAAGGAACUCACUGGAGAAGAAUAUGGAGUUUAUGUCAAGAGGAUCCUUCCAGGGGGUGUUGCUUAUGCAGAUGGGCGCCUGCAGCCAGGAGACCAGAUCCUGGAGGUCAAUGGAGAUUCCCUAAUUGGGGUUACAAGUGAGAGGGCCGUGGACAUCCUGAGGACGGCGUCGGCCACCAGCCACAUGCGCCUUCUCAUCGCCCGCGACGACGACGCCAGGAGGGAAUUCUCCGAGUUGCUGGAGAAGUUUGGCUCCCAGAGCAACACGGGCUCGGCGCGGAGCUCGCCGGUCCUGCACGGCGGCAGUCGAUACCUGGAAAGCACAUCCUCGGGCUCCUCCUCGCGCUCCCAGAGCCCGCUGCUGCUGAGUCCUGCCAACUCCCACGGGCCCUGCCUCGGGAACGCGGCGCACGCCCCUCACGCACACUGCUCCAUUGACUCAGGAAUCCAGAGCAUUUCCAUAGCAAACUCCUCCGGCCUGGGGCUGACAAUCAGUGGUGGAUCUAACAGGCCUGAUGGGCCCAUGAUUUAUGUCCAAGAGCUUUUGCCAGAUGGUGACUGUUACAAGGAUGGUCGGCUCCGACCUGGUGACCAACUAAUCGCCAUCAACAGAGAUUCUUUGGUGGGCAGCACACAUGAAGAGGCCAGAAAAAUAAUUGAAAAAGCCAAAUUCAGACACGAGGGAAGCACAGAAGUGGCCUUUAUUCCUGGAAGGGGACGGUUACAUCCUGGACUGUCAGUGCACAACAACAUCCCAUCACCACCUCCGAAGGCUGUGGGAAAUGGCCUGAGCUCCUGCAGGCUCAAGGUCCACGUGAGGUCCCCAGAGAAUAGACGUGAAAAUCCUUUUCCUGUGCCUUCUUUGUCACCGGACAUUUGCCCACCAGAGCUUACGGUCUCAGCACCUGCUUCAGCAUCUAAUCACAAAGCAGCUUCAGGCGCCAAACCAAAAGUAGCACUGGAUCCCCAUAUCCGGCUCAAGGAUGGGAAACUGGAACUGGUUCUGCGGUAUCUUGGCCUGGAUGUGACCGAGGAGAAGAAGAGGCAGUUGCGGCAGAGCCUGACCACGGACUCGCAGGGGACGGUGGCCUACGGAGAUGUUCUCCAAGCACUCAGGGAUCUGAUGCAGGAGGAGCUGGAUGAGGCUGGUCUGGAUUCCAACUCCAUGCUCUUCACACAGCACGAAGUGGCCAAUUUGCUGGAUACAUCAGCUUUUCACUCCCCGACCUUUGACUCUCUCAACUGCAAUGGCAACGAGGACCUGGAGCAGCUGCAGCUGGAGAUGACGGAUCUGCGGCACGAAGUCCGACGGCUAAAGUCUCUCCUGAAAGAGGUGGAGAACAGCAAGAAGUCAAUGGAAGAUGAGCUUCAGAGGCUGAACCAGAAAGCUCUGGGGUUCCUCUCCGAGAACCGGACACUGCACAACAAGCUGCAGAUGGCCGAGGUGGUGCAGAGACAGGCUCACAGCGCCGAGCAGGACUACGAGGAAGUGAUCCACUUGCUGGAAGCUGAAAUUGCAGAACUGAAGAUGCAGCUGGCAGGGAAGAAAGCAAAACACGUCUCUGAAAUAGAGGAGGACAUGCUGGAGCUGAAGAGGCAGCUGUCCCUGGCUGAUGGCCAGUUACGGAAAUCAGAAGUCUCACGGAAGCGCCUGGAGAUCUGCAAUAGGAAACUGCUCCUGUUUGUGCAGAACGUUCACAAGGUCCUGAGCACACCCAGUCAUUUACCAGAUGAGAAAAGCGUCAACAAUGCAACAGAAGAGGAUAAAACAGACGCAGUCUCAGACACAUCUCUUCCAUCUUCAGAUCUUGUUGACCUCUUGCUGUCAGAAGCUAAAGAACUGUUAGCACCAAUCCUCUCCAGCAAGGACGCUCUGCCAUGGGACAGGGACCAGUGCCUGCCUGCUGAAGGAAUCCCAAAUUACAAGGACCACCUCCAUCAGAAGACCACGUGGCCCCCUCCUGCGAGCCAGACCAAGAGUGAUGAACCACAGCCACCGAGUCCAACGGAGCUGCCGAAGAAGUCGACAUAAAUGUCCCAUGGCUUGAUCGUGCUCACACCACAGGUGCUGCUGUGCUGGGAGAUGGGAAGGACACCCCGUGGGCACCUCUCCAGGCAAAGCAGACUGAGAACAAGCUUCCUGACACGAGACUAACUCUUCCUCACUCUCCAAGACUUUUUCAGCGACCUCCCCUGCGCGUCUACCUCCAAGUUAUCAUACAAGGCUAUUUGCUCACGGUUCUGCAGCUUUAUAGGAAAAGUAUUCUCAAGGGGCUCCAGGGGCCUGGAUUUCAGUGGCAGCCUUUUAGAGCUUGUAUUCUGGGUAGUAAGAGGAGCAUGAACUCCCCUGAGGGACCCAGGGGUCUCCAACAGACUCCUUUUGGUAUUUCAGAUGGAAAACCAAAGUCUAUUUAGUGACUGUAAUCAAAGCAGCUUAAUCUGUAGCGUCCUAGCUGUCUUGGGAUAGGUACUGCUCUUUUUAUUCUUUUUGUAUAGCUUAUCCCAGCUGCAAUGCUUGAAGAGGAAAGCACCAUCUCAGCCAGUUGUUGGACCAAGAGUGCAGAGAUAUCCAGCGGGACGGUCCAGUGACAACGGACACCGUCCCCGGAAUGUGAGAGGGGACAUAGUGGACAUAGUGAACAUAGCUCAGUAAAGGUCCACGGUGUCACUGAGAAAUGAGAUACACAUGAUGCAAGACUGUACUGUGAGAGGGCAGUUAAUGGGGCACAGAUCUGAGAUGAACAGAAGGUCUGGAAAAUAAAAUGGAAACACUUCUCAAAGGCAUUUGCUCUCUGGGCUGUGAUUGCAGUGGUUGUGUUCAGAGUCUCUGAGACAAAGACACAGCCUGAGUCCAUUUUUCCUCCCUCUGAUUUUGACAGCUCCUAGUGAGAUGCAUUGAGAAGCUGCAGGGAAAUGGGGUGCAAUCUGGCUUUUACAAAUAAUUUGUUAAGAUUACUUCAAAUCUCCUUUGUGUGGGUUCAAAGCAUGUGGAUCCUUUACAGCCUAAAUUAAAGGCUUAGGAAAAAUCAUGACCCUCACCAGUAUCUACUGCACUUGGGGAUAUCACUGCACUGCUAAACCAGUAAGUGUGUGAUGGAAUAUAUCCCAUAAAUAACCAGUCUGAAAUGUUGGUUAAACUUAAUUUCAUAUCUUAAAGCAAAUAAAUCUUGUGAAUCCAUGCCUUGGGAUAUAAUUUAAAGGACUUCUUUCAAAAGGACACAUAAUUCUUUGGACCACUCACAAGGAAUAUUCCCGGGGAGAAGAUACUUUCAAAAAAUA